GCCCGCCCCGCGGCCCCGCAGCGCGCCGGGGCGGGACCGGGCGCCGAGCGGCGCGGGCGGGCGCCCUACAAAUCUCCCGCCCGCCGAGCGCCGGCGGCAGAGUGGGCGCGGGGAGGCGCUGCGGCCGCCGCGGAAGAGCGACGCCGCGUUCUGCCCCGGAGAAGCGGGCAAACUUCCUCUGCCCCGAGCUGGGCAGGGGCCGCGUCCCCGGGGCGGUUUCUGUGGCGACCGGGCGGCGGCCGUUAGGUUUCGGGGCGAAACUUUGCGAGCGGGCGUGAGGCGGGGGUUUCGCCCGGCGCGGCCGGGGGGCUCCGCGGCGACGAGCCGGGAAAGUUUUCCUGCGCCGAGGAGUCGCCGGGCGCCCACGCCCCCCUCGGCGGCUGCCUGGCGGCCCGUGACCCCUCCGCAGCUCCCGGCCGAGCCCGCUGCUAUGGCACCCGCCCGUCGUCUCGGGGCGAGCCGGGGGAGGCCGCCCCCGGCCGGCAGUGACCGCCCCGGCCGCCUCGCCGUGCCGCCCUCCGCCCGAGCCUCGCCGCCGACGGAGCCGGGGAAGGGCGAGGGGCGCCGCUGCCCGGGCACCGCCUGAGCCCGCCGCCCAUGCCCGGCCGGCGCCGCGCAGCCCCGUGGCUCCCUCCGCCCAGGAGCGGCUGAGACCUCGCACCUCGCCACAGAAAGGAGAAGUUAAAUGACAGACAACAGGCAAAGAGGAAUAAGGAAGAAGGCAGGGAAGAAGGGAAAACAUGAAGGGAGAAGGAAGAAGAAAGAAGAGAAACAUUAAAGAAAAAACAAAGGCAGAAAAAAAAGAUACAGGCAUAGUAUAGAACUAUGAUAGCAACUGGAGGAGUCAUAACAGGACUGGCUGCCUUAAAAAGGCAAGACUCUGCCAGAUCUCAGCAACAUGUAAAUCUUGCCACAUCACCAGCUUCUGAGGAGAAGAAACCAGUUAGACGCCGGCCCAGAGCCGAUGUAGUAAUUGUCAGAGGCAAAAUCCGACUUUAUUCCCCAUCGGGAUUCUUCCUUGUUUUGGGAGUGCUUAUUGCAUUCUUGGGAAUUGCAAUGGCCAUCCUUGGAUACUGGCCCCAAAAGGAACAGCUUCUAGGAUCUGAAGAUAAUCUAUCAAUAAAUGAAACUCAGGUCCUAAGAAGCCAAGGAAGCAUUUUACUUCGUUUCUUUGAACAGCAUGUGAACUCAGAUAAGAUGAAAAUGUUGGGUCCUUUUACUAUGGGCAUUGGAAUCUUCAUUUUUAUUUGCGCAAAUGCAAUUCUGCAUGAAAACCGUGACAAGGAAACAAAAAUCAUUCACAUGAGAGACAUAUACUCCACUGUAAUAGACAUCCACACCCUGAGAAUCAAGGAACAAAGGCAGCUGAGUGGUGCCUUCAGUGGCUUGUUGGGGGAAGGAGAACUCAGGCCCGGUGGGAGCUCAUGUGCAUCACGGCUGGCCGCAAACACAAUUGCGCCUUUCUCUGGCUUCAGGAGUAACUUUAGAAUGGAUAGUUCUGCCGAAGAAGAUGAGAUUACCCUAAAUGAAGAUAGGACCACUGCUAGCCUUCUACCACCUUUGCUGUCUGAGCAAUCUGGUUCAGUCUUUGGACUUUGCCCUCACUCCAGCAAGGCUUCAAAUGACAAAAACACGAGCUCUAUAAAGUGCGAAACAAAAUCCAUUGUAUCAUCUUCUAUUAGUGCUUUCACGCUGCCAGUAAUUAAACUGAAUAACUGUGUUAUUGAUGAACCCAGUAUAGAUAACAUAACCGAGGACUCAGAGAUCACUAGAAGUCGGUCUAGAAAUCUGUCGAUGGAUUCUCUAGCCAUUCCAUUAACUGAUACCAAUGAAUCCUACAAACCAGUCACCACCAUGCUACCACGACAUAAUUCGUUUGUGGACACUCCAUCUGAUCCGUUCAAAUCUUCUAUGACUCUUGGACCAAGCACAGGAAAGCUUUUAUCACCUGGUGCUGCCAGAAAACAGUUUGGGUCCAACACAUCUUUGCAUCUUCUGUCUUCACAUUCGAAGUCCCUGGACCUGGACAGAGGUCCAUCUACGCUCACUGUCCAAGCUGAACAAAGGAAACAUCCCAGCUGGCCCAGACUGGAUCGAAGUAACAGUAAAGGAUAUAUGAAACUAGAAAACAAAGAGGACCCAAUGGAUAGGUUACUUGUGCCACAAGCAUCAGUCAAAAAAGACUUUACUAAUAAGGAAAAGCUUCUUAUGAUAUCAAGAUCUCAUAAUAAUUUGAGUUUUGAACAUGAUGAGUUUUUGAGUAACAACCUAAAGCGGGGAACUUCUGAAACAAGGUUUUAAUAUUUAAAUUACAAUUUACAAGAUAUCAUACUGUAUUUUUUAAAAAAACAUUUUGACAAGUGUUUCCUUUUCAGUGAAACUAGUACAAGCCUGAUUUUAACUAAAUGCUUGAUAGCACAUUAAAAUUGGCUUGUGUGAGCAGAGAUCUUCAUCUUGGCAAUGCCAAGAGUUUUUUGUCUUAGUAACAUACAGCUGCAAUACUGUACAUUAUCAUUGCUCAGAUAGUUUUGGUACCACUGAUUCCAUUUUUUUCCAAGUCACUAUUCUUUCUGUUCUAUAUAAGCAUGUUACUUUUUAUCAAUUUGAUUCCAGAAGCCUGCAUUAGAAUAAAAGCUCUGUUUACCUCUAAGUUCUGUUUAUUGAAUGAUUGCAAGAUUCUAAAAAUGGUGCUUGCAAUCUAGAAUGGGAAAUGAGCACAUACUGGAAUUGUCAAAUUCAGGCCCGUAUCCUAGCUGUUGUCUUUUACCUAUGAUAUGGUAACUACCAACCUGCCAUUAUCAUUGUGAGAAACUUGUUUACAUAUUGGGUGGGUGGAUAGAAAAGAGUAGGCAUAAUUAAAACCAUUUUUGUGAAUUCAUUGUAAUUGGUCAAGUUGAAUACCAGUGUUGUGAAUUAUUAAGUAUGCUUUGUAUGAUAAUCUUUCUACAGUCAUUAUAAUGUAAUAUUGUAAUUCCAGGAAAUCAUAUAUAAAAUAAUCAAGGAAAAGAAAUCUGAAUUCUGGGAUUAGUUAUCUAAAGCAUUUUGAUUGGCAACAAUUUUAAAAUCCAAAUAUACAGAUUCAAUUAAAAUCAUAGGCACAAGAUGAAUGUCAGCAUGAUUUUAGAAACCUGGUGAAUAGUAAAAUGAUAUUAUGACAUGAAUCUGAAGAGAAUAAUGGAAAAUGAAUAUAUUGCCUCUUAUUACAAUAGCCAGAAGUUUUAUAAUUAGAUCUCUAUGUUUGAAAUAAUGAAACAAAGCAUACGAUUCAAUAUUUAUACUAACACAGUAUGAAAGCCCCUUGACUAAAUUUUGACUUAGAUAUUUCACAUAAUCAUUAGCAUGAUGGCUUACUGGAGGCUUAGCUAUGGUAAUUUGCAUUACAAGACUUUGUAAAAGGAAGUGACAUUUAACACAAUGUUUUUCUUAGUGAAGCAAGCUUUGCAGUUGGCAGUUGUAGGGUAUUGCUGAAGAAAAUAAGAAUCUGAAUGUGUGUACCAGAAAAUUUUCCUGUAUUUCAUUAAGGCAUUUAGACCGUGAUACUGCCAUGACAGCCAUGCUGGAGAAUAUGACUUCUAGUUGCAUGGCUCACCUACCAGGAUAUUGGUCUUAAUUUGUCGUCUUUGAUAUAGUCAGUUAAUCUAAAUGCUCAGGAAUUAUUUUAAUAGCUUUUCCCCAAAACAAUCAAACAUGUUAAAAUGUUACUGUACUUCAGCUGAUCAUGAAAGAUCAAAGAUAAAAAUACCCUCUCUGUUUUUUUUUUUUUUUUUUUUUUUUUUUUUUUUAAUAUAUUCAGCUCCACAUUUCAACUACGUGAUGUUUGUGUGUCAGGAGCAUUACCUGCUCAGUGGAUUGAGGCAUAGUGUUACUUGUUAGAACCUCAAGCCUAUAUAUUGUAACAGAGUGGCUAAAUAUUUUGCUAUGAAGCUUUUAAAAACUUUCUGGUUUGUGUUCUUAAGACAUUUGCUAUUUUUUGAAAUAAAAUCAAAUGUAUAUGUAUAUAUCUUUUGUAAGACAUGUUUUUCCUCUGUAAUCUCAGAUCCUCCAUAUCAAAGCAUAAUUAGAUAUCAUAACAUUGUGUUUUUACAUUUAACAUAGUGUUUAACAUACUAGCUUGCUGCUAGAUAUUUGGUUAUGAUAAUGGAUUUCAAUGACAGUGAUAUACAUGUAAAGGCUGAUUUUAACAUAUUAUUUCUAAUAUUAAUUUUUUUGUACGUAAUAUGAAAUGUAUUCAGAAAUCGUUUUGAUAUACAGAAACUUGCCAUCUUGUUCUUGUUAAGUUUUGGCGGUAAGUAUGCUUACAAAAAUGGAAAAGACUAUUAAAAACGAAUGAUGUA